AAUUGUAUACCUAUAGACAGACGUGCAUGCUUGGAAGUGUUGAAUCGUCUAUCUUGUGGUUCCGUGACUCUAGAUCUAGAAAGUGAAGGUACUAAGUGUUAACAUAGGAGUAUUGGAAAAGGGAUAGAAGGGCAGUGACUUGUGAUUUGUAUACCUUUAGCCACAGACAAGUGCUGAAUCGUCUAUCUUGUGUGUUUUCAUGUCUCGGUGUUAGCAUAUAGGAAAAGUGGUGUUAGCAUACAGUAUAGGAAAAGUGGUGUUAGCAUAUAGGAAAAGAGAUAGAAGGGCAGUGACUUGUGAUUUGUAUACCUAUAGCUACAGACAAGUGCAUGGUAGGAAGUGUUGAAUCGUCUAUCUUAAAGGAAAGGGGAUAAAAGGGCAGUGACUUGUGAUUUGUAUAUAGCCACAUACACGUGAAAGCUAGGAAGUGAAGGCAAGUGGCGCUGUAUAGUGUUGAAUCGUCUGUCGUGUUUCCGUGUGUCUAGAAAGUGAAGGGAAGUGUUAACGUAUAGGAAAAGGCAGUGACUUAUGAUUUGUAUACCUAUAGCCACAGACACGUGCAUGCUUUAGUGUGAAGGUAACGUGUAGAAAAAGGGGUACAAGGGCAGUGAUUUGUGGUGUAUACCCACGGUCUUGUAUCAAGAUAGGCUGAAACAUCUCAACUUCUUUUCACUAGAAAGACUAAGAGUGCGGGGAGAUCUGAUAUAAGUAUUCAAAUGGGUCAAGGGUUACAACAAAGGUGAUAUAAGUAAAGUACUGAGAAUUAGCCAGCAGGAUAGAACACGCAGUAAUGGAUGUAAGCAGGCAUUGGUUUAGUAAUUGGGUGGUGGGGGAAUGGAAGACUCACAUAGUGAGUGCAGGGACAAUAGCUUGUUUUAAGAGUAGACGUGAUAGCUACAUGUACGAAGAAGACAGGUGGUAGUGGGGGUGGAAUCUGGAGCUGCCCUUCGUAGCCCAUUCGGCCUCUUGCAGUCCCCCUAUGUUCUUGUAUACCUUUAGCCAAACGUGCAUGGUGCAGAGAAAGGAUGGUGCAAGGAUGUGUGCGUCCACGUCUAGCAGUGAGGUUAACGUACGCAGAAGGGAAGUGGGGGAUACACGUGAAUGCAUGUAAAGAUGGGUGUUAUCAACUUGACGGCCCCGUUCGUCUCCGUGCUGCUGACUCUGGCCGGUUCCUUCCUCUACUACGGGGCUCACGAGGGAUUGCCCCCCAUACCACAGCACCCCGUCCAGCAGGAUUACGACUUCAUAGUGGUUGGUGCGGGCUCGGCUGGCUCUGUGGUGGCGUCUCGGCUGGCCCAGGCUGGCUACUCCGUGCUGGUGCUGGAGGCUGGAGCUCCGCCGCCCGUCGCCGCCUCCGUCCCUGGGCUGGCGCCUCUCCUGCUGGGGGAGUCUUAUGAUUGGAACUACGCCACGGUGCCGCAGAGAAGUGGACUCGGCGGCUUCAAGAAAAAUUCGUACAAGCUCUCUGCCGGCAAGACCUUGGGCGGCACCUCCAGCAUCAACUGGCUCAUGUACGUGCGAGGCAACAGGCGGGACUUCGACCAGUGGGAGACCAUGGGGAACACCGGCUGGGGCUACGAGGAUGUGCUCAAGUACUUCCUCAAGGCCGAGAACUACCAAGGCACCCGACACUUGGAUUCAGAUUCAAACUAUGGCAAGGGCGGGCCGCUCACUCUCGAGGACCUCCCGUACCUGUCCCCGGUGUCCCAAGGCAUUCUGGAGGCUGGAAUCGAGCUGGGCUACAACGUCGGCAACCCCAACGGAAAGGAACAGAUUGGAUUCGCCGUGCCCGUUGUCACCACGGAGUCGGGGUAUCGCACCUCCACCGCCGACGCCUACCUCCAUCCCUCUUCCUUCUACUACGUCAAUAAACUUCACGUGCUUACUAAUGCCCACGUUGUUAAGGUGCUAUUCAACGACGAGAAGCGAGCCAUCGGUGUGGCUUACGAGCACAAGGGCAAGUUGACGACCGUGGCUGCCAGGUCUGAGGUGAUCUUGUCCGCUGGUGCGAUCGGCUCUCCCAAAAUUCUCAUGCUGUCUGGUGUCGGGCCCGCCUACCACCUAGCGUUCCACGGGAUUCCCAUCAUGCACGACCUCCCCGGCGUCGGUUCAAACUUCCACGACCAUGUGAGUGUGUCUGGCCUCACCUGGACCACUAGAAAGGGCACCUCGUACUCCCUCAAGUCCCUGACCAAGCCCAGCGUGCUCCUCGACUUCAAGAAAAAGAGACAAGGUCCUCUCACCACCGCCUUUGGAAUCGAGGUCUUCGCCUGGACCGAGUCAGAAGGGGACCAGCCACUGUGGCCUGACCUGCAGCACCUGUUCUCUACCUUCACCCUGGCUCUGGACUACGGCUGGAAGGCUGCUUUGGUCGCUGGUUAUAGGCCUGAGAUCUACGGACCUUACUUCGCUAACGUGAUGGGCAAGGAGGGAUACAGCGCCUACCCUGAACUCCUGAGGCCCAAGAGUCGCGGCACGGUGAGGCUCACAUCGACAGACUACAAACAGCCCCCGAGAGUGGACCCCAACUACCUAAGCCACCCCGACGACAUCUUGACCCUGCUUAAAGGCAUCAAGUUCGUGCUGCAAGUUGGCAACACUACCGUCAUGAGGGAGAACUUCGACGCCCUGUUCAACUCCAAGCCCCUACCAGGAUGCGACCAUCUCGAGCCAUUCUCUGACGACUACUGGAUCUGCUACAUCAGGCACAUGGCCACCACUGGUUACCACAUCGCCGGUUCCUGCAAGAUGGGACCCGAAACUGAUACCUUUGCUGUGGUGGAUCCCAGUCUCAAGGUGUACGGCGUGUCGGGGCUGCGGGUGGUGGACGCUUCCAUCAUGCCGGCGGUCACCUCAGGGAACACCAACGCCCCCACCAUCAUGAUCGGCGAGAAGGCGGCGGACAUGAUCACCGAGGAGUGGAACGGCAAAGUGCUCCUCUCACUCCAACAAUUCCUCAACGCUACGAUCCCGGCAUCCAUUGACGCGCUGGUGGAGUAAUUCUGACCAAACGAUGAUGACCUUGCCGCUAAUGGAUGACUGACUCGCGCACUCCUGAUGACGAAGUGAUGACCUUGCUACAAAUUGGUGACACUGACCUGCACAUCUGAUGACCUACCACCAAUCGAUGACUUGACUCGCGCACGCCUGAUGACCAAACGAUGACCUUGCCGCACAUUGAUGACCGACUCGCACGCCUGAUGAUGACUUGACUCGCGCACGCCUGAUGACCAAACUAUGACCUUGCCGCAAAUUGAUGACUGACUCGCACGCCUGAUGACCAAGUGAUGACGACCUUGCUAUAAACUAAUGAUGACCUCGGCCCGCCCACCUGAUGACUCUACUGGCGAAUGCUGACCUUACAAGAUUGAUGAUGACCUGGCCCGCCUAUCUGAUGACUACUGGAUACAUGUCAAGUGUCGCAGUAGUUUAUCAUUAGAGAUAUUUUAUUUAUUAGAGCUAAUAUAUUGUAAUAGAUAUGUUUCAUCAAGUUUUCUUUGGUAUUAAUAUUUCUGCUUUGUUUUAUAUAUAUAUCUUGGCUAUGCUCAUUCAUGCACCAGCAGUAGGUAUUCAUGAUUGGAUGUAUUUAGAAUCUGGAUAUCUAAAAUUAUAAAUAUAUGUGUAAAUAUUACUGCCAUGUUAACUUGUGAAUAAAUAAGAAAAUGUUUGUCAGC